AACCUAGUAUAGUUGAAGAACAAGGUGAACAAAUUGAAAAAGCAAUAUGGUAGUUUUAAGAAGCUUCUUUCACAAUCUAGAUUUAGCCGGGAUAAUGUAAAUAAAACAAUUGUUAUCAAUGAUCCAAGUAUAUGGGAACCUCACAUCAAUGUAUCAUUUAACUUUUGGUCAUUUUGAGAUCAUUGUAGAUGUAAAUUUUAAGAGGUUUGAUUAUGUUGCUAACAUAUGUCAUCAUUGUGCAAAUUGCAGAAUAAUAGCGAAUUGGGCAAAAUUCAAGAAUGAUGGGUUUCCUAAGUAUCCCGAGCUGUGUAUUGUAUUUGGUGAUACAUAUGUUACUGGGGAGCAUGCAGCAAGAAAUGCCGAAGAUUUGAUGGAGUCGGAGGAAAAUGACAAUGGUGGUGGUGAUGCAAACGGUGAUCCAGAGGACAUCAGUGAACACCACAUUGAUAAGGGAGUCUUUACAUCUGACAAUAUUGCUACUUCAGUUCAUGACAAGCACGAGUUAAAUAGGACUCCAAAGACCAAGAAGAGAAGAAAGAGUAACUCAUUUGAUGUUGCAGGCACCUGCAAAGCCAUACAAGAGAUGAUCAAAUCUAAGGCAAGUCAAUCUCUGAGUGGCUCUGCCACCUCACAAGUCACAUCACCACCUGUAGACCCAUUCUUCGUAUCUGCUGUGAUUGAUGUCCUAGUUAGCAUGCCUAAGUUGGAGCAAGAUAUUUACAACAAAGCAGUGGAACGAGCAUACGUUAGUGCUACAUUGAGGGAGGAUUUCAUCAAAUCCCCAACGGAAAGGAGAAAUGGACUUCUCCAAUGUCUUAAGUAGAUGUUGCGAAAUGUACUACGGAUUGCGUGGGAUUUUUAUAUUUGGUUUCAUUUUACUCUUUGAAUUAUGUUAUUGGUUGUUAUUUGUUUUUUAAAGAUAUUCAUGUUGAGACUCUUGU